UUCUUUGGGUCUGGCAGCACUCUCGCAGUCAAACAGUGUGGCAGCACUAUUCCAACAGCUGUUUGCCCGCCCGCGUUUUAGUUUUGUACGAAAUAAACAUUGAAAAUAUCCACAAACUAUGAGUAAUAUCGUGCAAUACGUUGUGGUGCGGAGUGACCUGCGUUCGGCGCUCAAUUGGCCCUUGGGCGCCAUUAUUGCACAGUGCUGCCAUGCCACGGCAGCCGUGAUGCAUUUGAACGCUGAAGAUGCCGACACGGUGGCGUAUCUGAACGAUCUGGACAACAUGCACAAAGUUGUGCUGGAGGCCAAGGACGAGGCGGCACUGAUGAAACUCGGCGAAAAGUUGAAGGAGCAUGAAAUAAAACACAAACUGUGGAUUGAGCAGCCGGAGAACAUCGCCACCUGCAUCGCAUUGAAGCCAUAUGUGAAGGAAAGCGUUCAUAAAUACGUUAAGCACCUUAAGCUGCUCAAAGAGUAAUAAAAAUGAAAGUUUCCAAAAGUAA